CCCAACUUUUAUGCCGGGGUUUUAGAGGUUGGUUGAGUUCGUCUAUAUGUAUUGUUAUUAUAUUAAUAAUAAUAAUAUUAUUAUUAUUAUUAUUUUUAUUGUUAUUAUUAUUAUUAUUAUUAUUAUAAUUCAAUCCAAUUCAACACGCCAUGCCUAAUUUGAGAGAUUAGUGGAUCAAAAGGGAGAGACCCAGGAUGUGUAAUUUUGUACAUAAAUUGCAUUAAAGUAUUGAAAGUAUUGGUGACACAAGCACAGAAUCAGAGUUCUUCAGGUAAGAACACCUCCUGAUUUGCCUCUCCUUCCUCUCCUCUCUGUACUCCACAUAAAAUUCGUUUUAACCUCACUCUUCUUCUUCUUCUUCUUUUUGUUUUUUUUAUUAACAAUUAACAAUAAAAAAACCGUAUAACAAUUUUAUUCCCCUAAGAUUGAUCAAUGGGGAACAUACAACUUCUUGAUUUCGUAUUAGCUUCAUGUGGGUUCUUGAUUAUGUUGGCUUAUCACCUCUGGCUUCUUCAUCGUAUUAUCAAACACCCCACCAGGACUGUCAUCGGUGUAAAUGCCAUCAACCGCCGCUUCUGGGUCCAAGCCAUGAUGGAGGAUGUGUCGAAGAAUGGGGUGCUUGCAGUACAAACAUUAAGAAACAAUAUAAUGGCAUCGACCCUUUUGGCUUCAACUGCAAUAACAUUGAGUUCUCUGAUUGCAAUAUUGAUGACAGGUGGUAAUGGAGAUGGAUCAAUGUGGAUUUUAUUUGGGGCCAAAAGUGAACUAUUUUUCUCCACAAAAUUCUUCCUAAUAUUGUUAUGUUUCUUGGUGGCAUUCUUGCUGAAUGUGCAGUCAGUUAGGUACUAUAGCCAUGCAAGUAUUUUAAUCAAUGUGCCAUUCAAGAAGAUGUAUCACAAUGUUCAUCGUCACCAACUCCCAGCAGAGUACGUAGCCAGGACUGUGAACAAGGGGAGUUAUUUCUGGUCUUUGGGUCUUCGAGCUUUCUAUUUCUCUUUCCCUUUGUUCUUGUGGAUCUUCGGGCCAAUACCCAUGUUUUUGUCCUGUUUUUUUCUGGUUUUUAUGCUCUAUUUCUUGGACAUGACCUUUGAAUAUGGAUGGGCAGUUGCUACUUCUAUUGAUGAGGAUGAAAAUAAGGAUGAAGAAACGGGAAGAGUUAAUUGAUUUUGAUGAAACAGUGUGUGCAAUUGUAGGUUACCUGAAACUAGAAGAGAAGACCAAUUCAUGUUCAAUCUUGGUGAGUUGAACUGUAAUUUUCUGUUUCUUUUUUCUUGGCAAAUUCAUAGGAGUACCCAUUUUAGGAUCGAAGUUGUUCAGUGCAGCUUCUCUUUUGAUGCUUAUUUUGUAAGUUCCCCAGCAAUUUCUGCCUUUCAGUAGUUGUGAAUAAAAUAAUAAAAGAAUGGAAAGAAAAUUAACUCAA